UUUGGACUGUGAAAGUGUAGCCAUGGCUUCCUCCUUCACCUGCUCUUCGAUUUUUCCUAUUACUGAUACGAGAAGCCUGAACUUGCGCUGCACAAUUCAAUCUCAGGUUUCUUGUGGGAUUCAGAGAGAUGACAAUGGACGCCGUGUUUGGCGGAGGAGAACUUUGACGAAGAAGGAUGAUAUGUUGCGUUACAAAAUGCAAAGAGUUCCGUUUGUGGAAGAACAAGUGAGGAAGAUAAGAGAAGUUGGCAAGGUAAUGACAAUGGACAUAGAACAGCUUCUUUUGAGGGAAGACAAUCGGUUCGAAUUUGUCAAUAGCGUAGCAGCUGAAGCAACAGAGUACGUGGAAAAGAACAGAGACGAAUACGGAGGUUCCAAAAAAGCCAUCUUCCACGUUCUGAGUAACCGUGUGAACGACCUCGGGUUCGAUCGCCCUGAGGCUUAUGUAGAAGCUGAUCCUUACAAACCCGGUCCUGGCUAUUUGUUGGAGUAUUACACAUAAAGAAACAACAAGAGUUUCAAUGUCACAGCUUUGUUCUUGUAUUACCAAAACCAAGUCUAUAGCAUUCAUAGUUUUUGUAGUUAGUUUUGGUAUAGAAACAGUGUCUUUAAAUCUUUUUAAUCAAAAUCAUAUAAAACUCAA